AUGAGAUUAACAUCACAACAAAUCAAUGAUGCUCGUAUAAUAUUAAACCCAGAAGGUAGAUUAACCAUUCUACUAAGAGAUCUAGGAAUAACUGAGGUCGGCAAUUUAAGUAUUACAAAAGAUCAAUAUGAAGUGAUUGAUUUAUCAAAUAAUGAGUUGAUCAAACUUAGCAACAUCCCAUCUAGGUUCAAGAAACUUGAAGUGCUUCUAUUAUCUAAUAACAACAUUCUGUAUAUAGAUGAAAAUACUUUCCCACUGGAUAAUCAAAUCAAAUCCAUCACUUUAUACAAUAAUAAUAUUUACAAAUUCCAACCCCUUUUCAAGGACAAAUUCCCUAAACUUGAAACUUUGGUGUUGACAGGUAAUCCUAUAACUGAGUUAGAGAACUAUAGAUUGUUUGUCAUCUGGUUGAUACCAUCAUUAAAAGUGUUGGAUUUCAAGAAAAUCAAACAAGCUGAGAGAGUACAGGCCGAAGAAUUAUUUGGCACUGACCAUGCGGUAUUUAACAAUGAAGCAUCAAAGUUGUUGAAUGCCACCGGAGUUACCACCAAUACCACUAAUAUAUCAGACAGACAGGUUGACAAUGUGGUUAAGAAAUUGACUGAAAAAGAAAAACAAGAAUUGUUGAAUAAAUUAGAAAUAGCUACCAGUAUUGAAGAAAUUGAAAAAAUAGAAAAUGCAUUAAAGAACGGGAUUGUAUAA